AUGGCUCCAUCCAAGAAGGUCGCUCCAGCUCCAUUAGCAUCCAAGGCUGCUUCUGCCAAGAAGUCUAACCCAUUGACCAAGUCUUCUCCAAGAAACUUCGGUAUUGGCCAAGCCAUUCAACCAAAGAGAAACUUGUCUAGAUACGUGAAAUGGCCAGAAUACGUCAGAUUGCAAAGACAAAAGAAGAUCUUGAGCAUCAGAUUAAAGGUUCCUCCAUCCAUUGCUCAAUUCCAAAACACUUUGGACAGAAACACUGCUGCUGAAACCUUCAAGUUGUUGAAGAAGUACAGCCCAGAAACUGCCGCUGAAAAAAAGGAAAGAUUGACCAAGGAAGCUGCUGCCAUUGCUGAAGGUAAGACUAAGCAAGAAGCUUCUCCAAAGCCAUACGUUGUUAAGUACGGUUUGAACCACGUUGUCUCUUUGAUUGAAAACAAGAAGGCUAAGUUGGUUUUGAUCGCUAACGAUGUUGACCCAAUUGAAUUGGUCAUCUUCUUGCCAGCUUUGUGUAAGAAGAUGGGCGUUCCAUACGCUAUUGUCAAGGGUAAGGCAAGAUUGGGUACUUUGGUUAACCAAAAGACUUCUGCCGUCGCUGCUCUAACUGAAGUUAGAGAAGAAGAUGAAGCUGCUUUGGCUAAAUUGGUUUCCACCAUUAACGCCAACUACUUGGAGAAGUACGAAGACUCUAAGAAGCACUGGGGUGGUGGUAUCAUGGGCCAAAAAGCUCAAAAGAAGAUCGAAAAGAGAGCCAAGGCUGCUGAAUCUGCUUAA